AUGACGUCGAAAAUUGAAGAAACGUUCACUAGAGCGGCAUUAUACGAAAUUUGUUCAAACUCUAAAGUCUUGCGACAUAUAAAUUUGAAAAACACGUCGUUGACGGAUCUCCGAGAAUUGAUCAACAUGCAUCAAGCUUUGCGGUUACGACAUAUACCGAUAUUGUUAGCGAAACUAGCCACGAAAUUCGCAAUCGACGUGAUCGUAAAACAAUAUCCGGUGUGUCGGACGUACGUGAGUCCCGAUAACAUACAGGUUCGUGUGGAAAACGAUGAAAUGGCGUGCAUAGAAGCGUCUAUAGACUCAAAGAGUAGAAAACCGAAUCUUCAUUUCAUAGUGUUGAAAAAUAUCGCCGUGAGCGCAUUCGGUUUGUCGUUAAACGAAUGA